UCUCUCACAACCUUUCCAGCCGUACGAGAGGAAACAUGGCUCCCGUCGCGCUCCUGCUCCUGAUAGCUGUCGGCUAUGCCAACUCGCUGUUAUUGCACUGCCCGUGCAUCUUGGAGGCGGACUACACCUGCCCCGAGCCGCCGUCGGACUGCGAACUGACCCUUGACGUUUGCAGGUGCUGUCACGUGUGCGCCAGACAGGAGGGGGAGAGCUGUGGUAACGGGCACACCGGGUGUGCUAGCGGCCUGACGUGUGUGUACCCGGGGUGUGACUCCUCGGUUCAGGAGGUGGUCCAUCCUGACGGCUCUGUGAUGCAGUUGGUCAGCUCCUGUGUGUUCAUGCCCUGGGCGCCCGGAACAUGCCAACCCCGGGCAAAGCGCCAAGCUACUGACGCCGUGGACACGAUUGGUGAUCAGCUGACUGACGUCAUUUCCGGUACCACGGACGGAUGCCAAUUCGGUGACGUCAUCAUCCCUGUGGGGUCGACUUACCAGCCGGACGACUGUACGUGGUGCGAAUGCCAAGCCGCGGGAGACAGGCCGAUGUGCCUGGCGCAGAGCUGCCCGGCUCCGUCCUGCUCCAACCCCGUGAACGUCCCCGGACAGUGCUGCCCCGAGUGCCCGCCGGACGCCGGCUGUCAGUUCGGUGAUAUCGUCAUCCCCGUCGGCACCAAUCACCAGCCGGAUGACUGCACGUGGUGCUACUGCGCAGCUGCGGGACAGAGGCCGAUGUGCGCGGUGCAGGACUGCGCACGCCCGCCCUGCGCCAACCCCGAGCACGUGCCCGGGCAGUGCUGCCCCGUCUGCACCCAGGUGGACCUCCUCUGGCCGUGGCACGACCUGAUGGACGGCUAGAUCAAGAUGCGAAAUCACAUUAUGGACGGCUAGAUCAAGGUAAAUCAGCCUGGGAACGAGGUGUUCUGACGGGAACGAGAACCGUGGCUGUUUGAUGUCUGCUCAAAUAAAGUUUGAUCUCCAUCAGA